CGGUACCAUCAUUAUGAUUGCAUUCGCCGGGAUUGCAGGGAAUGUGGUGUCGAUGCCAUUGUUUCAUAUUUUCAGUGCCUUGCUGAAAAAUGCCAAGAUGAGGUUUUACAAUACACUAAGUGGGAAAGAGUAAAGAAGCAGUUGAAGGGGAAAGAAGUGGUACGGGUGAUGCCAGUUACAAAAAAGCACAGCUGUACACAAGUAGUUAUCGAGUUGUCAAGUGAAUUGACACCAUUGUCUGAGCACCUAUUUGUGGCCUCUUGGCAGCAAGACCAAUUUUCAAAGCUCCAAAAGAGGGUUCCAGAGGGUUGCGUGCUAUUAAAUAUGGACUUCUCUGAGAAUUUUAUGUGUGUAUCCCAGAAUGAAGUGCAGACUGCCCACUGGGGACAUGAGCAAGUGACUAUUCACCCAACAGUUGCAUACUACCAAUGUCAGAAGGAAGGAUGUGAGGAAACUGUUAUUGAAUCCUUAAUCUUCAUCACAGAUGAUAAGCAGCAUGAUGCACAUGCAGUUAUGGCUUUUACAAAAUUAGCCAAUCAACAUCUUCAAGCCACACGAGGCCUUCACAUAGAAAAACAGCUUCACAUGACUGAUGGAUGUUCUGCCCAAUAUAAAUCUAAGACACCUUUUACGGAUAUAUAUAUAUCAUUCAGCAUACUGGAUUUUGGCUUUCCAACAGAAAGACAUUUUUAUGGCUCACGCCAUGGUAAAGGACCCUCUGAUGGUGCGGGGGCUGUCGUCAAAAGCUUUGUCCGCAGAGGUGUCCUAGGUGAUAGUAUAUGUAUCAACAAUGCCAAAGAGUUUUUUAACUACUCAAAGAAAAUAUCCAAAGAUGAGGAACAUUCAAAGCGAACAUUUUUCUAUGUGGAUCAAAUUAAUAGGAAUAGGCCUGACCGAUCCAAUUCGAAAACUAUCAUUGGCACUCGUAAGCUUCAAUGUGUGAAGACUGUUGAACAAAAGAAAAUAGCAACUAGAAAUCUGAGCUGCUUUUGUGGAGGAUGUGUGGUUGGCCAGUAUGAGAAGUGCAGCAAUUCAGAAUAUGUCCAGGAGUGGACUACUCAGGCGUUAGAGGCAACACAAGAAAUGGGAAAUGGCAGAGGAGUACGGAUGCGUGGGGGAGAAAGAGGGAGACCCAGAGGUGGGAGAGGAUUGCGGAUGCGUGGGGGAGAAAGAGGGAGACCCAGAGGUGGCAGAAGAUUGCGGAUGCGUGGGGGAGAUAGAGGGAGACCCAGAGGUGGCAGAGGAUUGCGGAUGCGUGGGGGAGAUAGAGGGAGACCCAGAGGUGGCAGAGGAUUGCGGAUGCGUGGGGGAGAUAGAGGGAGAUCGAGACCCAGAGGUGGCAGAGGGGUGCAGAUACAUGGAGUCAGUAGACAUAGGGACCAAUAUGAAGGCAGCAGUGAUGAGAGUUCAGACCAUGACUGGAAUACUAGCUCUUCAGAGUUGAGUUCAGAUGUUGAAGAGGACCAGUCUGAUGAUGCCUCGGUAAUGCAGGACCAGCUUCACACACUUCAGCAUCUCCAGGAACUAUCUUCUAUCAUCCAAGAAAAGCAUUUGACUGAUGAAAAUCAUAUUUCAUCCAGCUCUGAAGAGUCUUUGGAGAUAUCUGGAAUGUCUGGGAUUAUGGAUUUCCUUGCAUUAGAGGAAGCAGAUGAUGAGCUCUCGGUAUCACCAAUAUUUCCGUACUUAUUUGAUACGCUCACACAAGAUCAGCCUGAGGUCCCUCUCACACAGGACCAGCCAGAUGUCCUUCUCACACAGGACCAGCCAGAUGUCCUUCUCACAAAGGACCAGCCUGAGGUUCCUCUCACACAGGACCAGCCAGAUGUCCUUCUCACAAAGGAUGAGCCUGAGGUUCCUCUCACACAGGACCAACGUGAUGUUCCUCUCACACAGGACCAGCCAGAUGUCCUCACAAAGGACCAGCCAGAUGUCCUCACAAAGGACCAGCCUGAGGUUCCUCUCACACAUGACCAGCCAGAUGUCCUCACAAAGGACCAGCCUGAGGUUCCUCUCACACAGGACCAGCCAGAUGUCCUUCUCACAAAGGACCAGCCUGAGGUUCCUCUCACACAGGACCAACAUGAGGUUCCUCUCGCACAGGACCAGCCAGAUGUCCGCACAAAGGACCAGCCUGAGGUUCCUCUCACACAUGACCAGCCAGAUGUCCUUCUCAUACAGGACCAGCCUGAGGUUCCUCUCACACAGGACCAGUCUGAGGUUCCUUUCACACAGGACCACCAUGAGGUCCUCACACAGGACCAGCCUGAGGUCCUCACACAGGACCAACCUGAGGUCCUUCUCACACAGGACCAGCCUGAGGUUCCUCUCACACAGGACCAGCCAGAUGUCCUUCUCACACAGGACCAGCCUGAGGUUCCUCUCACACAUGACCAGCCAGAUGUCCUUCUCACACCAUACCAGCCUGAGGUUCCUCUCACACAGGACCAGCCAGAUAUCCCUCUCACAAAGGACCAGCUUGAGGUACCAGAGCAGUCUCCAGGGGUCAAAGCUGCAGUUGAGAAUUGGCCCCUUGUCCAUUUCUUUACGGAGAAAAUGGGGAAAGAAAAACUAUGGGUGCAGAACACUAUAUCAAACAGUGUUCUGCCAUCUGAUGUUGAAAAAACCCUUUCAGCACCUUCACUGGAGAUGGUUGGGUCAAGGUUCUAUUAUAAGUUUGAAGACCUUUGA